UUGAAGCAGGAUAAUCUGGUGAAACAUCUAGCGCUGUACGAUGUUGUUAACACUCCUGGUGUCGCAGCGGAUCUUUCACACAUCGACACCAAUGCUAAGGUGACCGCUCAUACUGGACAAGGAGAGCUUGCUGCUGCAGUUGCUAAUGCUGAUAUUGUCGUGAUCCCAGCUGGUGUUCCCCGUAAACCAGGAAUGACUCGAGAUGACUUAUUCAACACCAACGCUGGUAUAGUCCGAGAUCUUGUCGAUGUAGUCGCUGUGGAAGCUCCAAAGGCUUUGAUUGCUGUCAUCACUAAUCCGGUAAACUCGACAGUACCCAUCGCAUCUGAAGUGAUGAAGAAACAUGGCGUCUACGACAAAAAACGAAUUUUUGGAGUCACUAUGCUCGAUGUUGUCCGAUCACAAGCGUUUGUUGCUCAGCUCAAGAGCAUCAAAAUCGCACAAUGUCAAGUUCUAUUUACGCAACAUAUCAGUGCAAGUGUUAAAUCAACACAAAACCUGCACCGGUUCCAGGGCUCUGCAACUCUUUCUAUGGCUGUGGCCGGUUGGCGAUUCACAAACGCUCUUCUUCGAGGACUGAAAGGCGACAAGAAUGUUCAAUGUGCUUACGUGGCGAAUGAUUCCGUGAAAGGAGUCGAGUACUUCUCAACUCCUUUGGAACUAGGACCCAAUGGUAUAGAAAAGAUCCUUGGUGUAGGAAAGGUGAAUGUUUGAAU